UAGAGAUAAAAUGUUGAAUUGUGACUUGCGUUAUCUUGUCGAAUAUUAUAAAUAGUCUAUCAAGUUCAUUUCAUUUUAUUAAAUCAAAAUGAUCUCCGUAGCCAUCAUUAUUUUAGUUUAUGCGGCAGUUGGUGAAAAUGCUGUUAAUGUAAGCAGGGGUUUCUAUACUAUUAAUGGACUACAAGCAAGCUCAUUGGAUAUUAAAAUCGAGGUCAAGCCAAACACCUUGAAAAAUUAUUUGGGAGACUCUAAAACGGAUUUACUAUAUCGCAAUGAAAGGAAUUCUAUUCCGGAAGGGUGUAAAAAUUUUAUCGGUACCAGCAAACCAUCUUUAUGUUUUUUAUUUCCAUCGACAAAAUCUGCUGAGGUCCUCAAUACAUAUCCUAGAAGUUGUAGAGAAAUACAAAAAAACGGAAAUAUUAAAUCUGGAAUAUAUAAAAUCAAACCCAGGGCUAGCAGUAAACCGUUUGCUGUCCUGUGCGAUAUGGUAAUUCAAGGAGGAGGAUGGACUCAUAUUCAGAAAAGAUAUGAUGGAUCCCAAGAUUUUGAUAAACUUUGGAGGGACUACAAAUUUGGGUUUGGGCAUCUAGAGAGAGAGUUUUGGCUAGGACUUGAGAAUAUCUAUCAGAUGACAGCAUUCGAACCAAGCGAACUUUUAGUAGAGGUUACUGACGGAAUAAAUAAAACUGGAUAUGCCCACUAUGGUUCUUUUGCCAUAACUGGUGAGAAGGAUGGAUACAGGUUAAAUGUACUAAGUGGAUAUUCGGGUACUGCUGGUGACUCACUUAUAGAACAUUUAAAUUCACAAUUCUCCACUUCAGAUGUUGACCAAGACCAAAACCCUUCUGGAAGUUGUGCAAUAAUGUUCGAAGGGGCAUGGUGGUAUAGAAAUUGUCACGACAGCUGCCUCAAUGGUAAAUACCAAAAUCUUGUAUUGCUUUCGUCGCUUAAAUAUCAUGGCAUUAUGUGGAGUAGUUUUCGCGGAAAAGAAUAUAAUUUAUCAGGAUCAAGAAUGAUGGUACGACCAAUACGCAUUUGAGAUACUAAAAAUUAUUAUUCUAUAAGAUGCACGUACUUCUGUUCCUUUAAUAAAAAUAAAAUGUAUGUCCACAACUAGCGAAAUCUGAUUCUAU